AUGUCUUCGCGCCUUGUGGAAACGAUGAUGAUAAACGUGGAGGAUUUUGCCGACAGCUUCCUUACCUGUGGCACUUGUCUCUCUGGUUAUGAUUCGGGCUCUCAUUCGGCUAAACUCUUGCCCUGUUCUCACACUGUCUGCCGAACUUGUCUUGAGCGAAUCCUUGAAACCCAGGUGCACUUUCAUCUUGGUUUCAUCAUUCACUUGCCACACUGCCAACUCAUUGAAUUUAUUGGCUUUUGGGGUAUGCUCAUUCCCUCUCCUCCUCCUCCUCUCUUGUUGCAGGCAGAGGAGGAUACAAUGCGCUGUCCAAUCUGUCGCGAGACCAUCAUUGUUCCACGAGGUGGUGGAGGUGCAGCCACCUUUCCUCCCGCUUUCAUUGUCAACCAACUGCUGGACUUGAUGGCUAGUCAACGACGGGAUCGUGUUCCAAAGUGUCGACGACAUCCAGGACAAGAAUUGCUCUUUUGUGAAACCUGUGAUGUUAUCUUCUGCCCAGAUUGUCGUGGUGGCAACACUCGGUCAGUUGUUUAUCCUCUUGCUAUCACGUGUGCGCAUUUUAAUGAUUGGAAGAUGUGUAGUAGGGCAUUUAGGAGAUUGGGAGGUGUGGAAUGGUGA